AUGAAAGACUUCUACGUCAGAGUUACUAUCACAGUUAUAGGUCUUUGCUUUCCGGGAACAGCAACAAACCCACCAAGAAAAAGCGGUGUUUUUCGAACCCCUGAAUUCCAGUGGGAUGAGCAUCUUCUGGCAAACUGGUCUUCUAGAAGACACACAUCACAGAUAGCAUACACCAUGGAUGUGAGUUCGGUUUCCUUUCAAGUCUUCUUCCAGUCUCACACGAGAAAAGAAUGGCAAAUAAAACAUCUGGACCUCAGUAACCAUAGCAUAUCGAAAAUGACCUUCAGCCCUCUGGUUCCUUUACAUACGCUGGAAGUACUAAACCUCAGCAACAAUGCGUUGAGCUCCCUCUCGUUGGAUCUACCCCCAGCUCGCCCGGCUCAGCAAAAGCAGCACAGAAACAGCUCCCACAGGGGACUGCUCCGUCUAAAGGUACUGAUACUUCAGAGAAAUCAACUCAGUGACACUCCUAAAGGACUGUGGAAGCUAAAGUCACUGCAGAAUCUGGAUCUGUCAUUCAACAGGAUAGUUCACAUCGGGCUGUCUGAUUUUCAUAGCUGCCUGCAGCUGGAGAGCAUCUAUUUAAAGAGCAACAAGAUAUGUACGAUUCACCCUGAAGCCUUCAAGGGCCUCAACAAAUUACAGGUGGUAGACCUCAGAAGCAAUGCACUGACCACCCUUGCACCCAUUGUGACCAUUGCUCUAGAAUUACCCCACCUGGAACUUGACUUGGCUGAUAACCAGUGGCGGUGUGGCGAGAGCAAUGCCAACUUCCAAAAUGUCACCUCUGCAUCCUGGAGGGAGAAGUGGGAUGCCAUCUGCAACAUGUCUGUGGGGAAUGAGAAGCCAUAUUUGGAGACCCCCCAAAUCAGAAUUUCCAGGGAAGCACACCUUCCUCCUACUCCGAGUGAUGAGAAAAGCUUCAUGCAGAGCAAGGCAGAAAGGCCCCAGGAAGGAAUGGACACUCACCUUUCCACUCUGGAGAAGCAGGCACAGGAGACAUGGAUGGGCUAUGAUGACCUCGAGAAGAUACAGCCACGGCCCCCUACAGAACUCAGAGACUCCCAGAACAGACAUGACACUGACAGAAAGGACAAUGAUUCCCCAGACCUCGUCCUGGCCAUCUGCCUGUCUGUGUUCAUCACAUUUGUGGUGGCCUUCUGCCUGGGUGCUUUUGCAAGGCCUUAUAUUGACAGGCUGUGGCAACAAAGCUGCCUGAGCAAAAGGCCUGGCUCCGAAAAUGCCUAUGCAAAUGAGGGUUUCUAUGAUGAAGUUGAAGCUUCCCGACGUGUACAAUGCCAAGGGACAGAGCUGCACCAAGCUCCCCACCACCUCAACCUUUAUGAGAGCCAGAACCCUUCCUGGGUGACAGAGCCAGUUCUAUACGAUGCUGUCAUGUCAGAAAGGGAAUUGGAGAGCAGCAGGAUGGAGUUCAGUGGUCAACAGAACCCAAUGCAACUUGAGGACAGCACUGGGGUGAGAAGUGGAGUCUGCAAUGUGCUUCCAUAUGCCCAGGUAGCCCAUUCUGCUCUCCCUGGACUUCCAAAUGUUGAUACGCAAGAGCCGAUUUCAACAGAACAGGAUCACUAUGAUGUUCCCGAAGAGUUACAUUACCACACAGUGGCCCAGGAAUAUUCUCUCCAUGAGGGUGUGAUGGAUGCAUCUUCCAUUGCUAGCCCUCUGGGAACUGUCCCCAGCUCCAUCGAUGGUAGAUGGGAUGAAUUGCACCUGUCACAGUCAAGAGAUGUUGUAGCUCCCGUCUCCAAAACUGUGGUACAUACAAGCACACAAGGGUCUGGGGAGAGUAAGGAAAGGGGGUGCCCUGAACCUUUGGGAGCUAUGGGCUCACCGAUGGAAUCUUCCCAGGUGACCAAUUCCAUUAAGGGGCUGGCCACACAGCUGCCAAGCUUCCAGGAAGCAGAUGCUGAGGAAGAAGUUUCAGGUGUCUACGAUGAGGUCUUAUACAAUGACCCAGAAGAUGUAGACUCACCCUCCCUUAUGCCAAGAUGGGACAGUGGCCCCCAUGUCACUCCUGCCUCUAAGGAGCCUGUGCUAAGAGGUGAUCCUUUUGACUCUCAUUAUGACUUGGUGACCAAUUACGAGUCCGAUUCUGAUGAGGGCUCUUUGUUUACCCUGAGUUCUGAGGAUUAUGAUGAUGCAAGGAGCUUGCCUGAGGAACAGGUAUCUGUGGAGAAUGGCGGGGCCAGUCAGCCCUUCCCCAGCAGGAACUUGGGAGAAUAUGAGGACCAUGUGACAUCAGCAGGAAGUUAUGAAGACAUCACCCCACAGAGAAUUGUGGAGAAAUGUGAAAUUCAGGAAGCUCUCUUUGGAAACCUCAUUUCUAGUCCAGACUCUUUGUGUGAGAUGGAUCUGGAAAGUGACCCUAACUCCAUUGAUCAUGAGAAUAUAGCAACCUGGCCCCAGCCUCCAGGCCAUAAGCUAUCACAUCAUGAGACCCCAGGCACAUUCGUAUGUGUUGGUGACGUAAGGCCCCAGUCCGAGGCAGUAGAUGGGCACUACUACCUUAGCGACCUGGAAUUCCCAAAUGUGGAUAUACACCAUGACCAAGGAGCCUGCCACCAAAAACAAGUAAACAUUGGUAAAUAGCUGCCUUGUGUGGUUGGGGGAUAGAGCUCUGUUGAUGGAUUGUUUGCUCACCAUGCACAAAGUCCUGGGUUCAAUCCCCAGCACUGUAUAAACUGGGCACAGUGGUAUAUACUGUCAUCCCAGUGCUCAGGAGAUCGAGACAGGAAACAGGGCUUAAACUGAAAUGGAUUUUUCUGGAUGGGUGAUAGAAUAUUCUGGCAAAUGAGAGCCCUAUUGUUCCAACAAUCAACUUGAGACAGAUGGUGGGUCUACAUGACAAGGCCCAGUCUCCCACUCAGACUCAGGCUCACAUCAUCAACUGCCAUUGCCCAGAUCCACAUGGAUCUCAC